AUGCUGGUUAAAAUAACAGACGAGACCCACAUGCAACAACAGAUGACUGAAUAUGAACAAUCCGAUCAAUUAUUGGUUAUCGAAUUCUUCGCAACGUGGUGUGCUCCGUGUAGAGCUUUCGCUCCAAAGUUAGCUGAAAUAGCAGAAACCGUUCCAUAUGUACCAUUUCUACUUGUAGAUGUUGACGAUUGCGACGAAAUUGCGGCAACUUACAAAGUUAUGGCGACUCCUUACUUUAUAUUUUUAAAAAGAGGACAGGUUGUGGAUAAAUUCGCAGGAGCCAAUUUAGAAAAAUUUAAAAAUAUCAUUGAUGAACAUUCAAUUGUACCAGAGACGGUAACAGCUGUUGCAUAG